CGUAAAGGCAUGAGCAUCAACUGCUGGCACACGUAGACCAUCAGAGAUCAUAAAAUAAACAGAGCAUUCGUCUUUCCUCGUAAAUGUGUCACGGGCGAAAUAGACAGUCAUUGAAUAUCCGGUAACAGGUAAAUCAGGAAUAUUGUGCUGUGUAGCUGUCUGUAUUGGAUGUUGUCUUCUGACAACAAUAAUAGGCUAUAGGCUACAGAUAAUAUAUGGGCUAUUGAACUGGGUUAUAUUUCUGAGUUUAGACAGGGUAAUGUAUUAUGGUUGCAUUGUGCAAUUGUAAAAUACUGUCGAUAUAAACACUUAAAUAUGGGUUCUAGAUUAAGCAGACAGAGUAGUCUGGACAAUGAGAAUUUUACGAAAAGGCGUUGCAAGCAUCUUGACAGCACAGGAGAAGGCGACAGAGGUGGAAUUCGAGGCGGCGGCGACUUUCUGUUUACAAUGAUGCUGAAAUCAGACAAACUGCCGGGGAUGCUGAGGCGGUCCAAUCACAGUCCCUACGUGAGGCGAGUGGCAUGGAUCCGAGAGAUACAAAAGCUGCUCCGUGAUCGCAGGAUAGAUCAGGCAACCGACGUGCUUAAACUAUUGAGGAAGGAUCUGGGCAUGGAGGGCACGUCCCUCAAUGACAUCUUAUAUAAGAAUGCUGCUUUUCUCAACCUGGUGGAUCCCAUCUCCCAUGAGCUGCUGCUAAGCCUGGCUCGCGAGAUGCAGUGUCCUAAGAAGAAGGAUGCUGACACCAUCAAGUCAUCAGAUAAGAUCUGCAGACAGCUGAUCUACCACCUGACACCUCACUCUAAGUGGCUCAGACAGAGCAUGUCCAGGCGGAAGUCUCAGGCCUGUCUCAAGACGGCCCUGCAGAGAAAGGUAUCCACUGACACAGUCGACUUGUCUAGUAUCCCUCUCUCCAGUCGAGACGUCCGCCACGUGGCCUUCUACCUCCAGAACAGUGGGGAUGCAGUGGUUGCUGUAGACAUCAGUUUCACUGAGCUCCAGGAUGAGAACCUCCGUAUCCUGCUACCCCACCUGGGGUCUCUGCCCAAACUCAACACCCUGGCCCUCAACGGCAACCGGCUGACCCUGGCCAUAGUCAAAGACCUGACUGAGAUUCUGAAGGACCCCAAGAAGUUCUCCAGCCUGGCUUGGAUCGACCUGGGCAACAACUUGGACAUUUUCACCAUGCCCCAGCCUCUGUUAGUGGCCCUGCGACGCCGCUGCAGCCUGAAGAGCAGCCUGCCCACCAUCUACGAGUACACAGAGGGCCAACCCUACUGCUACCACAUGGAAACAUCCAUCGAGGAGCCCAGCCACUACGAGGAGGAGGAGGAGGCGGAGGAAGAGGAGGAAGAUGAAGACGAGCUGGAGCCGUGGGGUAUAGGAGGGGAAAAGGUUUCAAAGGACUUCACCCUACACUACUGUGAGAGGUGAUGAGGUGACCUCCCCCUGGCUCGGCUCAGCUGUGUUUGAAAGGCCUUCCCACAGCUCCCAGUUCCUACCUUUCCCCUGUUGCCCCUCACACCAUGAGCCCAGUCACCCAUUGUGGCACGAGGGAUGUUCAGCGCCACACAUUCAGAGGCCCUCGUCCCGACACAGCCACCAAAUAAUUUCUCACCAUCUAUGAGUUAACCCACACAAGACCACCACAGUAACUGACGAUUAUGUUAGUGACUUACUGUGU